AUGGAGCCGGACCAGCCGGACCCCGGCAAUCCUCAGGGCUCCUUCACGAGUGGGUCGAACUGGAGAGAAUGGUCCGGGAGGGAAGAUGGAAGCGAGAACUACAAGUUCGGAGACUUGUCCCGCGGUGUUCUGCAGCAAGUGCAGGCUGGCAUGCGAGACCUGAAGCACAAGGUGGCGGACAAGGCCUUGUCCCUGAAGGAGGAGCAUGAGAGCAAGGCUGCCGAGUACGUCCGUGAACUGGUGGCUUCUGACCAGAGCGAGGAGGGACAACACGUCUCCACAGUCGAAGAGUCGAAAGCGACAACGACGGCGGAGCGUUUCUGGACGAGCCUAUGCAAGGAUGCACACACGGACCACUGCAGCGAAGAAACGGUUCCAGAUCCUUCCAGCUGUGGAACAUUGCAGGUCCAGGUGCUGCAGCUUGGCUCUCCAGAGCUCCUGAAAGCGGACGGGAAGGCGGCCAGAAAACCGGUGCUGCUCCUGAGUCUUCAUGGCCGCCGCAGCGGCGCCCUCCGCGACGGCGGCACCGCAACCUUCGAG